CUCUGCUGUGAGGCUCUGGAAGAAGAUGCCAGCUGAGGUGCUGCUUUGUGUGUGGCCUGGAGGUCCACAACUGGCCUGACAAAUAUUUGCAGACCCAAAACCACUGGCUUGUGGCAGUGCUGCCCAGUAACUCAGACUACAUUGGAGAGGCAGGACAGCUAAGCCUGGGUGUUAGGGUUGGCACAGUGUGCAGAAAAUGGCACUUGUAAUAGCAAUACAAUUGUAGCAAGCUGACAGACCUGUUAUCAGCACCACGUUUACACAAAACUGCAAUUAACUUUUUGUCUUUUCUACAAAUUAUGCCUCUCUGAUUGCCUAGUUACUUUCUUGGGCCCCUAGUUACUUUCUUUGGAUAGAGAGUCCACACCACAACCCACCCCCCUCCUCCCCACAAAAAAAAUCCUGAAAACAAACAAGCAAACAAACAAAAAUCCCAAAAUCCAACCAAACAAGAAAAAAACAACAAAGCAAAGCAACCCUGACACAACCCUUUACAAACUUUUAUUCCUCUUUGAAACCAUUGCAUUUUAGUGAUGCCUGACUGGCAGAAGGCACAGUGGAUCUGUAUGCAAAGGUGUGUUCAUUCUUGCUUCUCCCAGCACAGUGAUAUCAGCUUUGGCCGUAUCAAAUCACAGAGCAAACACAAAUGUUCUGACAGCAUCCACUGCUCAUGGGAGAUAGCAGAGAUACACCUCCACAGCUACAGGUUAACAUGACAAAGUACCCACAGCUGCCUGCAAAGAGGCGGGAUGUUCCUGUUUCCAUCAUCCUUUAGCUCACAGUUCCCCUUUCCAGUGGUUCAUUGGUCAGCAAGGCAAUUCUGAAUGACACUCUGUGUCUCUGCAGUGCGGCUUAGCUAAAGGUCUCAAGGCUGAAGUGUGAAAUGACAGGAACAUUUAUCACAGGUUUCCACUACUGCACAAGAGCUCUCACUUUUUGCAGCUUAAAAAAAACACAAGUCACAGCACAGAAGCAAGUGUAACCACAGAGUUUGAGCAUGAAAAGCCUUCUCAGGGGGCUAGUGUAGGACUGGUGGGGGAGAGGAGGUGUUUCUCUCUCACCGGAAAAAGUACUCAGAUUUUCCACUUAUAGUCAGGCUCUCCAUGACCCCACAAAAGUGAACACAAGAACUGACCACUGAAUGACAAUAUAUAAACCCUGAGAAAGAGGGUGGCAGGAGACACUUUCUGCUCUGCCUGGACACAGAAGCCACAGCAAUGAAGCUCCACACCGCGGCAAUCCUGCUCCUCGUCUGCCUCAGCAUCUUCACUGUGCACACAGUCAAAGGGAGUGCUAGCAGUCAGUCCAUGCGCAAGUUCAAUUGUGUAACUCUGUCUCCAAAGCAGCUGAACAUCCGAAGCCUUGUGAGCUAUGAAAAGCAGCAAGUACCAACAGAUGCUAUCAUGUUUAUCACUGCAGGAGGUAUCAGGAUCUGUGUAAGAGCUGAUCAGAGAUGGGUGCAGAAUGCUAUAAAGAGAAUAGAUGAAAGACGUGCUGCCAAACGCAAAUAAUCCAAGCAUCUAAGGCCAACCAACUGGAAACAUCAUCAGUGCUGCAAAUAACAAGGAAGAAACCUUUGCUAUCUGCAUUUAUUUCCUAUUUAUUAAGUGCCAUUAAAAUUUUUGAACAAACACAAACUCACCAGAAUCUAUUCUUCACUGGUUGAAUGCCUGCAGACUUCUUCAUUUUUUGGUUGACCUCUAUUAGUCUGUUUAUUUUCUGAAAUGCUUGCUAAUAUGUAUUUAAAACUGAAUGUAGAUACCAUCUCAUCCUUGCUGUCCUGACCAGGAUGGCAUUUAAUGUUGAAUGAGUGAUAGUUUCACAUAGUGUAGGGAAGAUGACCACCCACAGAGCUGGAAGAGCGCAGAUCUCCAUGCUGAUGAAGAUCAGAGCAUUCUGCACUGAGUGCUGGUUUUAAGAAGGUGCUGGAUAAGUUAGUAAUUCACACCUAUAAAACCUGUACACAAACUGGUUUCAUACUUCAGGCUAUCACCUGAUCAGUGCCAUAUUCAGAAGAUGAUCCUUGAGUCUUCUAUUUUUACACACAGUGCUGCACUAUUAGCUCAGUUCACAAAGGUGUGUGAAUGCUCUCACCAAGGGAUGAUGUGGAGUAAUUCAGUGUAACUUAGUGAAUGUAACCCUGCCAGGUGACUGAGAGACAGGAUUUCAAAAGAGGGACUGUAAAAGUAAUCUAAGCAGGGAGCUUUAAGUCAAAGCUUGAGUAAAAAUAGGGCAGAAUUUCAGUUGAAGCUAAAGUUUAUUGAAUUCUAAGCUGAAGUUAAGGUAAAAAGGAGUUGAAGCCAUUGAAGUUAGAUAUUAUUCUCACAGUACAGUGUUAUAUACUUGUUAUAGCCCAAAGUAGGCCACAGCCCUAAACAGUCACAAGACUUUUCCCACAAACUACAGUCAGCUUAUUGUUUGCAUUAUUCGGUAACCUUUACAAAAUUACUUUGUUUUAAAGACCUUGAUAGUUACAUAUGCAGCUCUCUUCCUAGUUUUUUUCACCUCUGUGAUUGUUCUACACCACAGCCUGGUGGUGUACCUGGGCCUUGUACCCAACCAAGGCCAAGAUACCUUGAUUCAAAAGUUCCACCAUGCUCCUCUUCAUCUCUUAUCUGUUCUUCUAUAUAACCCUGUUCAGUGUUGCCCUGGGGAAGCGUUAUCCUACAAAUGAAAUCUGAAGUUACUCCAGUUUUGCCCUCAUGUGAAACAAACCUGAAACAGCUGGUUUGCUUUUCCCGUUGCUUUUCUCUGAAUAAGAACAAACCACAUCUGGAAUCUAUAUUUCACAAACUCAUAGGAACUCCCUGCUCUAGAGAACUACGUACGUAGAAAUGUCUUAUCUUAAAACUGAUACAUGCUACUAACA